AUGGAACGAGAUUAUCUACAACAAGAUUACACCUUCUAUAAUGGCGGCAGUUCCACUUCCGCCUCCACCGCUGCUGCCUCUGCUUCUGUUUUUUCAGAUGUGAUUGGUAAAUCGAAGCUGUGGGAUGAGGUUAAAGAGCAAGAUGCCAACAUUGAUGAGUUGUUGGUGGUGCUUGAUUUCAAAGUUAAGUCGUGUGAUGUGGCUGAUAUUGCGCAAAAGAUCGAGCAUCUGGAGGGUGUUUUGGGGAACGACGAUGGGUUGUCUCAGCUUGCUUCUGAUUCUGUUCAUUAUAACCAUUCAGACCUUAAAUCAAUUAUUUGUGAGUUGAACCCCACAAAUCAACCACCUGUUAUCGAUGAUUUGUUUGUGAACAAAACCGCAUCUGUAACUUUGUCGGCUGUGGACUCAUCUUUUCUCUUCGUUGACAAUCUACAGAGGAUCCUCGGAAACACAAUUGAAAGGGAAUAA